AUGAAUUUCGGAAGUUCUAGCGUCGCUGUCUCUCUUUACAGUCGAGCUCACACAGGCCGUAGUUCAAAUAGCCCUGACGGCUUUCGCCCGAGUGGUACGGCGUCAGCUGAGGAGGCAGAGUCGGAUCAAGAGAUGGGUUUAGAAAAUGUUAAAGUUGAUGCUUCGCCAGUUCUAAUUAUUCAUGAUGACAAUGGGAUAUCUGAAGAGACCAGAAAUAUUUUAGGACCCGAUCCUAGUAAAAAGAAAAAAUGCGGAUUUAAUCUGCAUGCUGCUGUUGAGCCAAUAUGGUCGCAUAUCUUAGCUUUUGGUUUCUCUUCGGAAGAAAAAGACCGGCUUUUUAAAAAAUAUGAAAUGCCAGAGAAUUGUAAACUUUUAACUCCUCCUAUAAUAAAUCCUGAAAUUAGUGCUAGUAUGAAUGCGCUUCAUACAGCAAGAGACGACACACACUUAAAUUAUCAAAAUCAGAUCGGUAAGGUUUUAGCAACUUUGGGACGUGCGAUAAAUGUUAUCUUAGAAGAGGAAACUAGCAUUCCUAAGCAAGUUAAAGAAAACCUUCUAGCAUAUACAGCUGAUUCUGGACGCAUGUUGUGUACAAUUGUGAAUGAGAUGUCGAAUAAGCGGCGUUAGAAAAUGUUCCUCCGGGAGAAUUUUUAUUCGGCCCAGACUUGGGUGAAAAAAUUCAAGCAUUAAAAGCGAUGGAAAGAGUAGGAAAAGAUAUUCGGCCAAGUAAUUCUCUUAACUAUAAUCGCACUCAAUAUAAAC